AAAUAUUUGAACGCGACAUGUUUGAACAACAAAUUGAUGGAUUUUCAUCAACAUCUAGGGACACAAUAAAGAAGUUUGAAGAUGUUAUUCGUGAAAUCUCUAAACGGCAUAUAUUGUUUUUGAAUGGUAAUGAGCUUGACUUUGUUACUCAAGAAAUUAUUGAAAAUGAAAAAAGGAUAGGGAUUCCAGCUCUUCCAUCCUGA